UCCUAUGGGCACACCAGCUCAGCUGCGUGAUAGUGCUCGGGACGCACUCCCUCCCCAAGCCCCCAAAGCCAGGAGGCCAUCCUGCUAUCAGGGAGGGUGCGUGGUGUGUGUCACUGAGCCCUUCUCUCAGGGCUUCUUGGAGCUCUACUCACACCAAAAAGGGAGCAAGGAGAGUGAGGACCAGCGAAUCCAAUAACUUCCAAGGGGAUAAGGGCAUCGCCUCCUUUCUUGAAGGACACUCCCUUCUGAUGGUGAUGGGAACUCCCUUCCUCCUACAGCGGCCUGCCUGCAGUACAGUGUGAAUGCUGCAGCAGCAACCAGGCCCCCAGAAAGACAGCGCCCCAGAGCCCAGGCAAAGAGUCCUGAAGGUGUCACCAGCAGCUGCCACUGAGCCAUGGCUGAAGGGGAAAUCACAACCUUCACAGCCCUGACCGAGAAGUUCAAUCUGCCUCCAGGGAACUACAAGAAGCCCAAACUGCUCUACUGUAGCAACGGAGGCCACUUCUUGAGGAUCCUUCCUGAUGGCACAGUGGAUGGGACAAGAGACAGGAGUGACCAACACAUUCAGCUGCAGCUCAGUGCGGAAAGCGUGGGGGAGGUGUAUAUAAAGAGUACCGAGACCGGCCAGUACUUGGCCAUGGACACCGACGGGCUUUUAUAUGGCUCAACCCCAAAUGAGGAAUGCUUAUUCCUGGAAAGGCUGGAGGAAAACCAUUACAACACGUACACAUCCAAGAAGCAUGCGGAGAAGAAUUGGUUUGUUGGCCUCAAGAAGAACGGAAGCUGCAAGCGCGGUCCCCGGACUCACUAUGGCCAGAAAGCGAUCUUGUUUCUCCCACUGCCUGUCUCCUCUGAUUAGAGAAAUCUGUUCUGGGUGCUGACCACUCCAGAAGAGCCUUGAGGGGUCCUCACCUGAUUGACCCYCAAAUGUCCCCUUGAUCAUGGCUGCACUAACCCCCAGCCCACGGAGCCUGAAUUUGUAAGCAAUGCGCUUCUAUAUGCCAGUUCCCUUUUUUUCAGAGCCCUUUACCCUAGCUCAGUUUGGAACAGAGGGACCAAAUUGCUUCCAGGGGUGGCUGGCUGGCCAGUCUGAGUCCAGGUUUGGAGGUUCAGUUGCCGCAGGGCACCUGUGGUAGGCUGAGCCUCUCAGUGCAAGGUGGGGCCAAAUGAAGUGUGUUCCGGGGUUUGCCAAGUGGCCGUAGGUAACUGCAGAGCAUUUCCUGCUGCUGAAUAAACCCCAGCUGCCGGUCCCCCAAACAUCUGGCCCAACCUGCCUCUUUUCCUUUCGGUAGCUCACAAAUAUUAGCAGAGAAGCAGAUCGUGAGGUUUAGAGGAAGGCCAUGAUCCGUAAUAGAAGCAGGGACAGAGAAGUCCUCCCUUGAGCACAGAAGGGAUUUAAAUUGGAAAGAGGGGAUGCACUUGGGACAUCAGAGAAGGAUGGAAUUUUUCAAUGCAGGAUAAAUGAAGGAGGGGAGGCUCAGCCACAGGAAGGAACAAACCCAUAGCCUUAGGAAUCAAUACGUGCCCAAGAAGCCUCUGAGGUCAGGAGGAGCAUGGGAAGUGGCUUCUUCAUAAAAGCAAGGACAUCAAUGCUGGGAAGUUCAUCUGGGUCUUGGUAGUGUGUUGGGAGUGAGGAGAAAGGAAGGGUGUCACUGGCUAAGGGGAUGCUGCACUCUGAGAAGGACGAUUUUAGAAGACAGGAAGAAAGAGAAAGUGACACCAGGACUUGUGCUUGGCCACCAGUAAGCAGGGCUUUGGAGUCCGCAUGCAGUGCUUCCCCACUCUGAUGUGCUUAGGGGUCAACUGGGAGCUGCUUUGAAGUAGUUUCUGGUUGGGUGGGGCUGGGAGCUUCUACAUUGCCAAGAGGCUCCCAGGUCCUGCAGAUGCUGCUGCCUUUCCCCAGUGCACUUGAAGGAGCAGAUCAGAAAAAAAAAAAAAAAAAUGUCAUUAAAAUAAAGGUGGCUCGAAGCCCUGACCCUCACCCACCUCUGCCUCACCUCGAAACAUGCACUCCCCCCACACCCUUCCCUGAACAUUCAGGCAACAUUGACGAUAGUUAGGCCUGUAUCAAGGAAGGAUUUUAAAGACCCAAUGUUGGCAAUAUGCCCAUUUAGAAGAUAUACAAAAGCCUACAAGAAAGUGUUAAACCCUCACACACAGCUUGCCCCAAGAGACCAUUUCUGUUACCCUUCCUUGUAUAAAUAUGCUUCCUGCUUAAAGUGAACUUGGCCCAAGUGGCUAGCAUAUUAGUAACACCAUUCAUCUCUGACAUAGGAUACCGAUGCUGAGGCCUUUAAUAAGCCAUUUAAAUUUACUGUGAGACUGUACGUUUUAAUCACAUUCUGAAAUAUAUAGCUGGAAGGCAGUUAAACUGAUUAGCAUUCAGCCUUUGAGAAUGGUAAUAAUAGGAUACGAUAUAUAAGGUACUCAGUUAACUAACACUUCACCAUGUUUACUCAUGAGAUUUUUUUCUUUGUCUUCCACUGUGCUGUCCCACAUUUUCUCUUGAAAAUGGGGACUCUUAACCAAUGAGAUGAUCGUUGUAUAUAAAAAACGGAUGAGAGUGUUAGCUCACGUUUUACAACGAAUCGCAGUAAUUUUUAACUGAAGCAUCAUUUCUCACUCAUUGAACUGUCAUACUUAGGAUGAAAGAAGAACGACAAUUUGAAAGUUCAAUGUGAGAGCGCAUCUGAGGAACUAAGUUGGCAUUAUGGUUAAUAAUAGUGAUCUGCUUUUGUACAGAAAAAUGAUUUCACAACUUUUUGUUUUUAUAACUUGGAUGAUUCUAUUUUAUUUUAGUCAAUCUUUGCAGGCAAGUUGGGGAUAAUGCAUUGUGGCUUAACAUCUCUUUUGUAUGAAGAUUUGGCCAGUAAAAGGCAUCCAGAGAGGAAAUCUAAGAUAUUUAUGAUGUUCCAUAUUUUUAUUGUGUGAAUCAAAUUCAAGUAUAACACUGGCCAAGAAAAACAAAAUACCGUUGCUAACAGACGAGAUGGAAGUUGGUGAUUCCAGAGACCCAAAGCAUUGAAGUAGAUUGUGACUUAACAAUCAGCCCAGGCAUCAUUUGCAUAUUUGCUCAAUGGAGACCCUGUGCCUGUGUGCCAGGCACUGUACUGGGAACUGGGGUCCCUGGGGACUUUGUCUGUCUGGUUUGCUGCUGUAUCCUCUCCCAGGGCAUUAUAUUUAUGAUGAGAGAUGCUGUGGAUUCAUUUCUUUCAAUCAAGUGAAAAACAUAGACUUUGCAUGUUACUGCUGAGUAAAUAGCAAGUCCCAGAAACCCAGGAUUUGGAAGAAUUGGCUCCUCCCAACAUAAGACAAAUCCCUAACAGAGUGACAGACAGCAUAGCAAAGUGAAUCUAACAUUUUUAACUGUAGACCUGCGUCUGCUUCAGGGGGACUGCUUGCAAAUUAGGAAGAGAGCCGGUGAGCUCUUGGCAGAAGGGAGUGGUGAGCAGUUCCCUGUGUGGUUUUGAGYGGGCGAACAUUUCCAUUGUGCCCUCUCUUCCUUCCGUGAUUCUUGCCACCAUCUGCCCAUCCUGUGCCUCUCCCGUGCAUCCAUGUUCAGAAUGACUGUCACAAAGGGUCCAACAAUCUAUUGUCAGGACCACAGAGGCUUCAGCAGGUUGGCAGUGAGGUGUGGGUGGAGGUGGCUCUCAUCUCCUCCAGUGGCCAACAGGGUGGAUAUACAAGAACCAGAUGGGUGUACCAGCUGCCACUGCAGAGGAGGCCCUUACUUUGUGCUGGAGGCAACAGAGCCCAGGUCCAUAGCCUGGCAGAGUGUGCUACCUAAAACAGCCAGGCCCACGGCUGCAGAGCAGGUCAAUGAGGACACCACCUGUCAUUUCGCAUCACUCUCUGUCUCUCUCUCUCUCUCUUUUUAUGGUAUUACAGUUAUGCCUUACAA